AUGGCCGACGCAGAAUUAGAACAGAUCCGCAAAGCGCGUCUAGAGCAGCUCAAGGCGCAAGGCAGCGGGGCAAGCAGUUCGGGUCCCAGCGCAGGAAACCAAGCCGAGCAGCAGAGACAGCAAGAAGCCGAAGCUCGCCAGUCGAUCCUCAACCAGAUCCUGCACCCGGAGGCCGCCGACCGCCUGGGCCGCAUCCGGCUCGUGAAGGAGGAGCGCGCGACCGACGUCGAGAACCGGCUCAUCAUGCUCGCGCGCACCGGCCAGCUGCGCCAGAAGGUCACCGAGGCCCAGCUCAAGGAGCUCCUGAAUGCUGUGGCCGAUACCAAGGAGGAGGAGAAGAUCGUGGUGAACAGGCGGAAGAACUGGGACGACGAGGAUGACGACCUGCUAGAUUUGUAA